ACACACACACACACACACACACACACACAACACAAAAACACACACACACAAGAGAAAUAAGAAGCUGAAAGAAAACCAAACGAAAAAUUUGUUUUUGUUUUCUUCUUGCUUCUGGUAGCAUCAGCAGCAGCCGUCGCCUUUGCGCACACGCACAAGCAGCGGCGCUGACGCGCAGCCUCAGCUGCUAUUAUUAUUGUUGUUGUUAUUGCUAGGAAAUAACCAACAAGGAAAGCGUAAAUAAGAUCAUUAGGAAAAAUCAUCAAGGGAAUGUAAUUGGAAGUGGCUAAUUGCAAAUCUCUCAUUUCCUGUACUUGGAGAAUAAUAUUUAUGUACCCAAAAAGUUCAGCGAAACGCACCUCGUCCAAUGUCCACAGCUUAAAUGCUACAAUUUGAAACACUGGAAAUUGUCAGUGUGUAAACUGAAGACAAAACAAAAGGGAAACAGGUUCUGUUGAGAAUUUUUAUUUGCGAAAACUGAACAUAGAGCAAUUUUGAAAAAACAUGGCCCAUUCCAAGGUUAUUUUAAAGAUCCUGUUCUCACUCUGUGUGUGGUCCUUUGUGAUCAUUGGACUGUUUAAAAUGCAUGGCACAAAUCUGGUGCAACAGGAGUACCAGCAAAUGCCAUUAAAUGGACGAAUAUUGCUGCAAAAGGAUAUAUUACGCUACGCAGAGACGACAUCAACGACAACAGAUCAUUUCGAUCCCAGUGAGAUAUUGGUGGACAAUCGAACAGCCAUGGACGAUGAUCAGUUGGUAAGGGAUGUAGAAUCUCGCAUACCUUCCCUACCGAUUGCCUAUUGGAGUAAGAAUAAGAAUUUCUUGCAACAAAAAUCAUCGACUUGUGCGAAAUAUCCAUCGAUAUUUGAAUUGGAAUUCAAUAACAUCUACUGGCAGACAUUGCGUACCUCGAAUGGCACUUUCCAGCUAUUCGGUGCCUACUAUGACAUUAGAAAGACAUCGUUAUUGGGUCCCACUGUACGCAUUUUGGGCAUGAUCGACAGGAUUGAGCCGCGCGUGAAAACGUAUUGCCAGUUUUGGUUCGAUGGCCAGAAGGAGCCGUUCAUUGUGAAGACAUUUGAAUACAAAUACAUUUGGUACAACAAAUGGGGCAACUAUAAGCAGGGUAUAUAUCAGCCAUAUCUGAUUGCUUGCCAGAUACCGAAACCAUUCCAUGGAGUGGUGCCCAGUUCGGUGUCGAUGGUGGAAAAGGAAUGCGAUACGGCCACAAAUAAUUUGCGUGUUAUCUACAAUCGGCCAUCGGACGAUCAGAAAAAGGGUUUCGCUGUUUGUGUGAAGGGUUUGGAUUUCCUUUACGAUGAUUUGAGUGUGCGACUAAUUGAAUGGAUUGAAAUGCUCAAUAUAUUGGGAGCGGAUAAGAUAUACUUUUAUAAUCUGCAAGUACAUCCGAAUAUUACAAAAGUUCUCAAUCAUUAUGAGCAGGAGGGCAAGGUGCAGGUGAUACCACUCACUCUGCCAGGUGGUCAGCCGAAUGUGCCCGGUUUCCAGCAUUUGUAUCUGACCAAGAAGACCAAUCAUAAGAGACAAAACGAAGUGAUACCCUACAAUGAUUGUCUAUAUAAAAAUCUAUAUCUAUACGAUUAUAUAGCCCUGCUCGAUAUCGAUGAGGUGAUAAUGCCCAAGGGAAAUGCCGAAAACUGGUCCCAACUGAUGACGAAAGUUAAGCCCGAAUCGUUAAAAAUCAAGCCGGAUGGCUUCCAUAGCUAUAAUUUCCGUAAUGUCUACUUCCUGGACGAUCAGCAGCAUGAGCAUGGCUGGCAUAAGGAUAUACCAAAGUAUAUGCAUAUGCUGCAGCAUGUGCAUCGUGCGAAAAACUAUACGAAACCGAAUCAGUAUGUGAAAUGUUUCCAUGAUCCCGAACGGGUUCUCACCUUGCACAAUCAUUUUCCACUGAGUUGUUUGGGCGGCGUGUGCAAAUCGUAUCCGGUGGAUACACCCGAUGCCCAGCUGCAGCAUUAUCGUGCCGAUUGUGUGAAGACAUUGAAGAAGAGCUGCGAAGAGUAUCGCGAGAAUUCGGUGGAGGAUAAGACGAUCUGGAAAUACAAAGAUGAACUAAUACGGCGAACGAUUAAGGCCCUCGAGACAUUGGGUUUCUUUCGGCGCAGUGGUCUAGUGAGUGGCAGUGGGUCAAGUGGUUUGGGGACCACCCAUUCAACGGAACGGUGAUUCACACUCUUUGGCGGUGGUGGUGUCAGCCAUUGGGCGUGGCCCUGGCAGCAUCAUCAACAGCAGCAGCAUCAGUAUAUGGAGCCAUUUGGAGCCGAUGGCAAUGAAGAAUUUUUUGUUUAGUGUAUUUCCCACACCCAUAUCCUUUUAAACCUGCUCCUGCUCCUGCUCCUUCUACUGUUCUUCAUGUUCCUCUAUCAAGCAUUCUCAUCUCUCUUCCCAUUUGCUUCUGCUCUGUAUUAUAUGACUAAUCUACUAUCUCCAUUUAUCGUUAGUUAGUUUAUGCCUCUAUAUGUAAUAGACAUAUAUAGCAUAUAUUCCUUGAUCGAAAAGUUUAUUUUUGUAUGUGGCUAGUUGUAAAGAUAUAUCUGAGAAGACAAAGCGAAAAACACUUUUGAAAUUGUGCCUUCAAAACUUUAAAUUGUAGUGUAAAACUAUAGAGUGUCCGCCCACCAAUCAUCCCUCCUUUUCGUCCCUCCUUCCGAACACUCUUAAUCACUACUUAGUCAUAUAGAGAAACUCAAGUUUUUUAUUCACAAAACAAGGACAAACGACAAUGUCACACAAGCUCAUUUUAAGGACUCAAAGGAAAGCAAAGGAAAUGAAACAUUAUUUUUUGUAUUAUUUGUGGUUCUUCAUCCUAACAAAACCAUCACAUCUAUUUUUCUUCGUUAAAUUGUUAAUCUAAAAAUUAUUUUAAUCAAAAUUUUUGACUUUCAUUUUUUUUUUUUUUUUUACGCAAUUAUUUGAACAGCUCAAGCGAACAGGGUAAAUCUGAUCAAAAAUCAGAUAUAUUACACAUAUAUACUAUAUAUAUAUAUCAUCAGGAACAAUCAGUUCAAGUCCAACGAUGGCCUAGCCGAAGAAAUUGAUGUAAAGAUGUAAAACUUUUUCAAUGUUUCACAUUAAAAAUUCCCACAAAAAAAAAAAAAAAA